AUGCAUAAAGACGACGAAUCGAAUAAAACUAAAAAAGAUAACGAACUUGUCUUGACUGACAAAUCUUCGGGUGUGUCAUGGAUUUUGCCUACUCCUAUUAAUAAUGGUGGGAAAUUACAAGGACUACCAACAUCUAUUGUUGUUUUACCAAGAAGUACCAACACUCAGUCCCUGACAGUGUUAGACAACCGAACCAAUAAGCUUUAUGAAAUUCCAAUAACAAAUAACACAAUACCAGCCCUUAAAUUUAAGGAAAUGCAAUCCGAUCCAGUACCAGGCUCUCGUGAAGAAGAUGAAAGUGGAAAAGGAUUGAGAGUAUUUGAUCCAGCUUUCCAAAACACUGCGGUCGCAUAUUCCAAGAUUACGUACAUUAAUGGUGAUACUGGAGCUCUACGUUACCGUGGUUACCCGAUUGAGCAAUUGGCGGAGAAAUCCACAUAUCUUGAAGUUGCUUAUCUUCUUAUUUAUGGGGAACUUCCAUCGAAACAACAAUACAAUUAUUUCUCUCACGAAAUCAUGCAUCAUACUUUUGUACAUUUCAACGUAGCUGAAUUAAUGGGCAAAUUCAAUUAUGACGCUCACCCCAUGGGAAUGUUUAUCAGUGGUAUUUCUGCAAUGAGCACUUUUCAUCCGGAUGCUAAUCCGGCCUUAGCUGGAUCGGAUCUAUUUAUUCGAGAUGAGAGGAUUAGGAACAAGCAAAUAUAUAGACUCCUGGGUAAAACACCAACGUUGGCUGCAAUCGCAUAUCGUCAUCGCAUUGGUCGAAGUUACAAUGUUCCUCAAAAUAACCUUACUUAUACUGAAAACUUUUUAUAUAUGCUUGAUCAAUUGUCUGAAAAGAACUAUAAACCAAACCCAAAAUUAGCCAGAGCUCUUGAUGUUUUAUUCAUUCUUCACGCUGCUGCGAUGCGUCACAUUGGUUCGUCACUUGUCGAUCCUUAUAGUGCCAUAUCUGGUGCUGCGACUGCCUUAUAUGGUCCGCUUCAUGGUGGUGCUAAUGAAGCUGUAUUGAGAAUGUUAGAACAAAUUGGCUCACUAGAUAAAGUACCGACCUUCUUACAAGAAGUUAAGGAAAGAAAAAGAAAAUUAUUUGGUUUUGGUCAUAGAAUUUAUAAGAAUUAUGAUCCAAGAGCAAAAAUUAUUAGAAAAAUUGCUUAUGAGGUAUUUGAUGUUUGUGGUCGUGAAUCUCUUAUAGAUGUUGCAAUUGGAUUGGAAAAAGCUGCGUUAGAAGAUGAUUAUUUUAUAAAACGAAAACUUUAUCCUAAUGUUGAUUUUUACUCUGGAUUAAUUUAUAAAGCCAUGGGUUUUCCUACUGACAUGUUUCCUGUGUUAUUUGCAAUUCCACGAGUUGCAGGAUGGUUAGCCCAUUGGAAAGAAUCAUUAGAGGAUAAAGAUUCUAAAAUUUGGAGGCCGAGACAAGUUUAUGUUGGACCCAGCGUUAGAUCUUAUGUUCCUUUGGAUCUUCGAGAUACUGAUAAUAAUAUUGUUGUAGCUAAAGUACAGCAUCCAUUUAGUAAGAGAACUUCUGUGGCUACAUUUGAUGACGAAAACAAUACUCAAUCAAAAUUAUAA